GAUGCUGCCAACUGCGUCCUGGGCAAUGCUGCCGACUGCGCGGAUCUCGCCAAGUUUGGAGGCUGUAUCAAGGAGGCAAACUGCUGCGAGUCUUCCGAUGCAUCUUCCGAAAUAUCCAGUAUGACCAGUUGGAGGAAACGCUUGAACGAGCUCUAUGCUGCAGCAGACCUGGCUGGGUUGUCUUGUGAGCCAAGCGGCGAAUGCCCCAUAGAAUGCCCAGUCUUCAACGUGAGGGCUGCGUUGGAGAGGUCUGGGACUGCGGACCCUGCGGAGGCCGUGAAGAACUCUGGCCUUGGACGUUUGUCCGCCCCUCGCUCCGAUGGACUUGGCGCAGAGCAGCCCUCCGCGCCCCACCUGCCCGAAGAACGGGCGGCCGAAGAUGCGGACUUUGUGGAUGAGGGGCCUGGCGAGGCCCUCGCCGUGGAUGCACUGGCGCCAGCAGCAGCCAUGCUCCACAAGAAUGUUCUAGUGGAAGGCUUUGAUGAGCCUCUGCCACUAGAGGCACUGGACCCGCAGGACUCGCUUGACAAGCUUCCACACGUUGCUGGGGGGCACAGCCGACCCCUGAAGCCGCCUUACGAGCACAUCCGUCGCGCUCCGCCAGGGCUCCUGCAACGCCUGGCCGAGGUGGAGAAGUUGGAGGGCAAGUCCAAGGGCUCCAAGCGGACCAAGCGACGAGGGCAGUUCGAGUUCGACGACGAUGUGCCCGUCCGAGUUCGGGUGCUGGAUGUGGAUGCAUUGGCUUUGGAAGAGCUGCACAAAGCCUUCAUGUACACGUUGGUGCGUCGGCGACCUGCAGAAGUUUGUGUGCGAGUGGCCUCGCGGCUCGCUGUCUUCCGGGAUAAGCCGGGCCAGCAAUCCUAUCAGAACCUCCUCCAGGACUGUGGGAGGCUUUUCGGCUCGCUCCAUGGGCCGGAGCUUCUGGCUCUCUUCGCCCGAUGCUUUUCCACCAUCUCCGUGCCGUUCAUGCUCGACUACACAAGGAAGUAUGGGCACUUCUCCCGCGGGUUCCUUGCAGAGCAGGUUGAGAAGAGUCUCCGGCCUGGUUUCUUCGAUUUCUUGCGGUACGAGGAGAAUGGUGGCGUCCGGCCGCUGCCACUGAUCGUAGCAAAGCCAUGGAGCCUCGGGUCCUACACACGGCUGAUGACCAAGAGCUACCUCAAGAGCCGCAUGCACGAGCAGCUGAAGCUUCACGGCCAUGUCCCGAAUGUCGAGCAAGACACCGACCCAGACAUGCCUCCAGAGGCAAGGGUCAUCGAGCACCUCGGCCGUGCAGGAUCCUUGCGGGUCGAGGCACCCAAAGGGCCGUCACCAGAGGUCCAACGGCCUGCGUUGCUGGAGGCCAUUGUCCAGGCUGCAGUGGUCUGGACCAGCCAAAUUGUUUGCGCAUGUGCCAAUUCACCGACAUUGCUCAAGAUGAGCCAUUCUGAGGCGAAGCGCUGGGUCAUCGUCCAGCCCCAGUGGGGCCUCUGCAACCGCCUACGGGCUGUGGCCUCCGGGCGCAUGCUCGCCGAACAUCUCUCUCGAAGUUUCCUUGUGGACUGGCAGCCGCUGCCCGGCUGCAACUGUGCAUGGGAUCGUCUCUUCUCCUCGGAGUCGAAGACUCUAAGCGAAGAGCUUCAGGAGGAUCCAGAUCCUUCCGUGCUGGCUGCUGCCGAACUGCUGCAUGCCUGGGACGAGGUCGUAGUCCUGGCCCGUUGCAAACCUGACAGCCAAGAACUCAGGGGAGCGAUGCGGAGCUUCGAGGCCUUCCACAGAGAAUGCUACCGAGCAGGGCUAGCUUACCUCCUUGAUGCUGCUUCCGAGAAAUGGAGGUCGUGCAGGCCGUUUCACGGACGCGACAGUCUGCCGAGCUUCCUCGAAGUAGAUUGCCUUUGCGUCAGAGCCUUCAACCCGUUCUACCCACCCAGGGAGGAGGAUCGACAACAGCUCGCUGCAGAGCGGGCAGCGCACCUGAAUUGCCUGGUGGCCGCUGCCCCUGUGCGCCAAAGGCUCUGGCAGCUGCCCGAAGGCACGAUCUCGGUUCACAUCCGCCGCACGGACCACGCUAAGGCCAUUGCGAGAUCGCCCGAGGACCUGUUCGUACAAGCCAUGGACUCUUAUGGAACAGAAGCCAAGUUCUUCUUAGCGACGGACGACGCCGAAGUCGAGUCGCGGUUGCGACGGCGUUAUGGUCAGCGUCUCCUGACACAACCCAAGCGCACGCUCAGCCGCAAUGAUCCGGAUGGUAUUGAAGAUGCCUUGUUGGACCUGCUGAUGCUGUCGCAGGGGAGUGAGGUCUUGGGCUCUUACAAAUCCUCCUUCUCUGCGAUGGCCUCGCACUUCCGGUGCAUUCCGCUUCAUGUUGUGGAUGUGCGUCCCGAAAGUGCUCCCGACCCGGCCGCCAGGGUCGGAGCAGGCUUCCGGGAGGUGUCGGUGGUUGCAGCCGACCCGGAGGAUGACUGUCCGGGUGAUCGGCGCGUCGGAAAAGUGCGCCAGUGCGCGGAAUACUCUGGCGUUGGUUGGGAUGCCUCUCAGGCUGACGGGUCGACGACCAAGGAGAAGCCACGUCCGUUCAUGAGAGGAGCUCGACGUGCCAUGGCAGAAGCCGAGUUGCACGAUUCAGAUGGCGAAGGGUACUCAGAUUUCUACGAUUCCGAUGACGAGGAGGCGGUCAGCGACGACGAGGGUGGUACAUCUGGAGGAAAGAAGUUUGGAUUACAAUUUGAGCGAGUGGUGCCCGACUCUGCUUAUUCUGCCAUUGCAGAGGACGGUGCUCUGGUUGAUGCUGAAAAGUUGCAGAAGGAUUCUGCCACUGCGUCAACCGAGUUGGAAGAGGCAUUUGCUGAUCGCUGGUGGUCGCAAUUUCGACGCCAUUUUUUCAGACAUAACUAUGGGGCGUAUCGCUUGUUGGAUGGCCGGUGGCAACGGGUGCCGGAUCCGAACGGCCCCAGGUACAAGCCACGGCAGAGGAAGAGGCUGAGUUUACCCAGCAUCAUCAAUGUGGCAAAUGCCAACGUCAUGCGAGAUACAUCGCAAAUGAUGUCUGACAAUGACUGCCAAUCGGAGGAGUUCUUGUGGAGCUUGGGCGUUGGAGCCUCGCUUCCUUCUUGGCUGCAAGAGAUGCGCCACGAGCAGCGGCAACGGGGGCUGAAUCAAGGCCCUCACGUCGACACGCACAGCAAGGAACGCCUGGGCGUUGGGCCUCAAGUUGGGAGCGGUCGUCCUCAUGCCGCGCCUAGACGAGCGACUGCUGAUGGCGCGAAAAACACAGAAGUGGAGAUCAAUGACCAAUCGGUAGCCGAAGCCUUGGCGAGCCCAAGACGGGUUUGCAUGGCCCUGGAAAGCUGCAGCCUGAAGGACUGGCUAAUCAGUCUAGAUGAUUCCGGUUUUCUCGUACAGUACCAUGAUAGCAUAGCGAGCAAGCUGGACAGCGUAGCUCAGAUUGUGGAGACCUACGCGAAGGACUCAGGCGAAGUUGAUCCUCAGUUCUUUGACGAUGCCGGGAUCACCAAAUUAGGACAUCGCCGCCUUUUCCAGAAAUGGUUUCGCGAAAACUGUUUCGUUGGAGGCGUUUGGGUAGCAAGGUACAAAGCGGGUUCAGCCAAGCUCGCAAGAUGA